AGCCUGACCACACUGCAUACUGGGAGGGUUUUCUGGGUUGAAGGACAGGCCACAGAGGGAUCCUGCAGCGGGAAGCUGAGAGACUCCAGGGCAGCCGUCAGUAGUUGCCUCAGGCAGGACGAGGGCCUCCCCUCCCAGGAGAGGCCAUGGCCGUCCCACUGCUCCUCUGGAUGUGGCUGCUGGUUGCAGGGACUCAAGGCGAGAAAGAUGGGGACAUGCGGCUGGCCGACGGGGACACCGCCAACGAGGGUCGCGUGGAGAUCUUCUACAGAGGCCAGUGGGGGACCGUGUGUGACAACCUGUGGGACCUGACGGAUGCCAGCGUCGUCUGCCGGGCCCUGGGGUUUGCGAAUGCCACCGAGGCUCUGGGCGGAGCUGCCUUUGGGCCAGGCACCGGCCCGGUCAUGCUGGACGAGGUGGAGUGCACAGGCACGGAGCCCUCGCUGGCCAGCUGCAGGUCCCUGGGCUGGCUGAAGAGCCACUGCAGACACAACCAGGACGCCGGCGUGGUCUGCACCAACGCAACUCGAGGUGCCCACACCCUUGACCUGUCAGAUGAGCUCCCUGCAGUCCUUGAGCAGAUCUUUGACAGCCAGAGGGGCUGUGACCUGUCCAUCAGGGUGAGGGCAAGGGACCAGGAGGAGGAGGAGGGCCUGGACUUGUGUGCCCACAGGCUGAUCCUGUCUGCCAACCCCGAGGCUCAGGCCCUGUGGAAGGAGCCGGGCGCCACGGUCACCAUGGAGGUGGACGCAGAGUGCCUGCCUGUCGUCAGAGACUUUAUCAGGUACUUCUACUCCCGAAGGCUGGAUAUUUCCCUGACAUCCGUGAAGUGCUUCCACAAGCUCGCCUCUGACUACAGGGCCUGGCAGCUGCAGAGCUUCUGCGCCAGCCUCUUUGCCGUCCUCCUCCCCGAGGACCCCUCCUUCCAGACGCCCCUGGACCUCUACACCUAUGCACUGGCCACGCAGGACCCCGUGCUGGAGGAGCUGUGCGUGCAGUUCCUGGCCUGGAACUUCAAGGCCCUGACGCAGGCCGAGGCCUGGCCCGGCGUGCCCACGGCCCUGCUGCAGGUCCUGCUCUCCAGGAGUGAGCUGGCCGUGCCCAGCGAGCUGGCCCUGCUGACGGCCUUGGACGUGUGGAGCCAGGAGAAGCAGCUUUCCCACAGGGAGGUGGAAAGCCUGGUGGAGAAGGUCCGGUUCCCCAUGAUGCUGCCCGAAGACCUGUUCGAGCUGCGGUUUAACCUGUCCCUGUACUGGAGCCAUGAGGCGCUGUUCCAGAAGAAGACCCUGCAGGCGCUGGAAUUCCACACCGUGCCCUUGCGGCUGCUGGCCCAGUACAGAGGCCUGAACCUCACCGAGGAUGCCUACCGGCCCCGGCUGUACACCUCGUCCACCUGGAGUGCCUCUGUCUCCGGCGGUUCCGGGGCCUCGUCCCAGUCCUUCCAGACCCCACAGCACCCCAGCUUCCUGUUCCAAACCAGGCGCAUCUCCUGGUCUCUGAUCUACCUUCCCACCCUCCAGAGCUGCUGGAACUAUGGGUUCUCAUGCUCCUCGGACGAGGUCCCCCUCCUGCACCUCUCCAAGUCUGACUACUCGGAGCCCACCAUCGGCUAUGAAAACAAAGCCCUGAUCCUCUGUGGGGGGCGCUUCGUGGCCCAUGUCACCAACUUUGAGGGCCAGAAGGCCAUGAUCCCCAGCGCCCUGGGCACCAACAGUUCCAGGAGCGCCUCCCUCUUCCCCUGCCCGGCAGGCUCCUUCAGCAGCUUCCAAGCGGUCAUCCGCCCCUUCUACCUGACCAACUCCUCAGGCGUGGACUAGACCGGAGCUUGGAGAAGCCAGGGGCCUCCCAGCGCCACUCCCCAGCCCCCCACAGCUGCUUCCCAACUGCCCGCUGCUUCCUGUCUGCAGCCACCCCCCAACGGCGGCCACCAGAGGGCCCUCCUGUUUCCACUGAUCUCUCUGAGCUUAGAGAAAGUACCGGAAGGUUUCAACUAAUGCCCACCACUGUGCCCAGAAGUCCCAGUAACGCCCCCGCCCCCACCGUCCGGCUGGUUUCCAGGUGGAGAAGCAGGGGAAGCGGGGUGGGGCAGCUGUUGGACUUUCCACGCCGACUUUCACUUCCCUGUCCUCUGCUGUCCCCCAUCUGAGAUCACUAAAAUUGCGUUGUGGCUCCCAA